UAAAAUAUAUUAUAAAAGGAGUAAAGGAGUUAACAAGAAAGAUAAAGAAAAUAAAUAAAAAGAGAGAGAGGCGUACUUGCUCGAUCGCAUUGUGUGCGCGCUUACUACCAAACAAAGAUGGCGGAUAUAGAUUCGAGGGUAGACCGGUCGGAUCCGGAAUUGAGAUACUUGUCAGUGGACAGAAACAGUUUCAAUGAUCCAGCUACCCAGGCGGAAUGGACGCAAAAGAAAUUGGUUUGGGUGCCUCACGAAACUCAGGGCUUCGUUGCCGCCGGUAUCAAAGGCGAACGCGGCGACGAAGUCGAAGUCGAAAUCGCGGAGACCGGCAAACGCGUCCACGUCGCCAAGGAUGACAUCCAAAAGAUGAACCCGCCAAAGUUCGACAAGGUCGAGGAUAUGGCAGAGCUCACGUGCCUCAACGAGGCUUCCGUCCUGCAUAAUCUAAAGGAUCGUUAUUACUCCGGUCUCAUUUACACGUAUUCCGGACUAUUCUGUGUCGUGGUAAAUCCUUACAAAAGAUUGCCAAUUUAUACGGAAAAAAUAAUGGAAAGGUAUAAGGGUAUAAAAAGACACGAGGUACCACCACAUGUUUUCGCCAUCACCGACACGGCCUAUCGUUCAAUGUUACAAGAUCGUGAGGAUCAGUCAAUCUUGUGUACUGGCGAGUCUGGUGCAGGCAAGACCGAGAACACGAAGAAGGUCAUUCAAUAUCUGGCAUAUGUUGCUGCUUCGAAACCCAAGUCCAAUGCGACCCCAAGUCCGGCGUUAAUCAUAAUCCAGGGAACUGGGAAUGUGUCGGACAAGUUUGCGGUAAUUAAUGGAGAACUCGAACAACAACUUCUUCAAGCAAAUCCAAUUUUAGAAGCGUUUGGAAACGCAAAGACUGUGAAGAAUGACAACUCGUCUCGUUUCGGGAAAUUUAUUAGGAUAAAUUUCGAUGCAUCUGGUUAUAUAGCUGGGGCAAACAUUGAGACGUAUCUUUUAGAAAAAUCAAGAGCCAUAAGACAAGCAAAGGAUGAAAGAACAUUUCACAUAUUUUAUCAAUUGCUCGCUGGUGCUUCACCCGAACAAAAAAAGGAAUUUAUAUUGGAAGACCCCAAGCAUUAUCCAUUUUUAUCCAAUGGUAUAUUACCAGUACCUGGAGUUGAUGAUUCCACUGAAUUUUUCUCAACGGUGAAAUCAAUGCACAUUAUGGGCAUGACUAAUGAGGAUUUUUCAUCCAUCUUCCGCAUUGUAUCUGCUGUUAUGCUAUUUGGUUCAAUGCAAUUCAGGCAAGAACGUAAUUCCGAUCAGGCUACAUUACCUGACAAUACGGUAGCGCAAAAGAUUUCACAUUUGUUAGGUCUGAGUGUUACGGAAAUGACAAAAGCUUUCUUAAAGCCUCGAAUCAAAGUUGGUAGAGAUUUUGUAACUAAAGCACAGACAAAGGAACAGGUAGAAUUUGCCGUUGAAGCAAUAUCAAAAGCAUGCUACGAACGAAUGUUUCGUUGGUUAGUUAACAGGAUCAAUAGAUCUUUGGAUAGAACGAAAAGACAAGGUGCCAGUUUUAUUGGUAUAUUGGAUAUGGCUGGUUUUGAAAUAUUCGAAUUAAAUUCAUUCGAACAGCUGUGCAUUAAUUACACGAACGAAAAGUUACAACAAUUGUUUAAUCAUACAAUGUUCAUUCUUGAACAAGAGGAGUAUCAACGAGAAGGUAUCGAAUGGAAAUUCAUCGAUUUUGGACUUGAUCUUCAACCUACGAUCGAUUUGAUCGAUAAACCAAUGGGAAUUAUGGCUUUGUUGGAUGAAGAAUGUUGGUUCCCCAAAGCAACUGAUAAAACAUUCGUCGAGAAGUUGGUUGGUGCGCACAGCGUGCAUCCCAAAUUUAUGAAAACAGAUUUUCGCGGUGUCGCUGAUUUUGCUAUAAUACAUUAUGCCGGUAAAGUUGAUUAUUCGGCUGCAAAAUGGCUAAUGAAAAACAUGGAUCCGUUGAACGAGAACGUGGUUAGCCUUUUACAGGCAUCACAGGAUCCAUUCGUUUGUCAUAUUUGGAAAGAUGCUGAAAUUGUAGGAAUGGCGCAACAAGCACUAACUGAUACCCAAUUUGGUGCAAGGACUAGAAAAGGCAUGUUUAGAACUGUAUCUCAACUGUAUAAAGAGCAAUUGGCUAAAUUAAUGUUAACCUUGAAGAAUACCAAUCCAAACUUCGUCAGGUGUAUUAUUCCAAAUCAUGAGAAAAGAGCUGGCAAAAUCGAUGCACCUUUGGUGUUGGAUCAAUUACGAUGUAAUGGUGUGUUAGAAGGAAUACGUAUAUGUAGACAAGGUUUUCCAAAUAGAAUUCCAUUCCAGGAGUUUAGACAACGUUACGAAUUACUCACACCAAACGUUAUUCCAAAAGGUUUUAUGGAUGGGAAGAAGGCUUGCGAGAAAAUGAUUCAAGCAUUAGAAUUGGAUCCUAACCUAUAUCGUGUUGGUCAGUCAAAAAUUUUCUUCCGUGCCGGUGUUUUGGCUCAUUUGGAAGAAGAAAGAGAUUACAAGAUAACCGAUUUGAUCGUCAACUUCCAAGCAUUCUGUCGUGGUUUCUUAGCACGUCGCAAUUAUCAAAAACGUUUGCAACAAUUGAACGCCAUUCGUAUUAUACAAAGGAAUUGUGCUGCUUACUUGAAGCUUCGUAAUUGGCAAUGGUGGAGACUUUACACGAAAGUAAAACCAUUGUUAGAGGUAACGAAACAAGAAGAAAAACUUACUCAAAAGGAAGACGAAUUGAAACAAGUUCGUGAUAAACUUGAAUUACAAUUACACUCGGCGCAAGAAUAUGAACGAAAGUAUCAACAAGCAAUUGAAGAGAAAACUAUGUUGGCAGAACAAUUGCAAGCUGAGGUUGAACUUUGUGCCGAGGCGGAAGAAAUGCGUGCGAGAUUGGCUGCACGUAAACAAGAAUUGGAAGAAAUAUUGCAUGAUUUGGAGGCACGUAUCGAAGAGGAGGAAGAAAGGAGUGCUGCCCUGACACAAGAGAAAAAGAAAUUACAAUUGAACAUAAGCGACUUGGAAGAACAAUUGGAAGAGGAGGAAGCUGCUAGGCAAAAACUUCAAUUGGAAAAGGUACAGUGCGAUGCUAAACUUAAAAAACUUGAAGAAGAUCUUGCACUUUCGGAUGAUACUAAUCAAAAGCUAUUGAAAGAGAAAAAAAUUCUUGAGGAACGUGCCAAUGAUUUAUCACAAACAUUGGCUGAAGAGGAAGAGAAAGCUAAACAUUUGUCAAAGUUGAAAGCAAAACACGAAGCGACCAUUGCUGAUCUUGAGGAAAGGUUGCUCAAGGAUCAUCAACAACGACAAGAAGUUGAUAGAUCAAAGAGAAAAGUCGAAACUGAAGUAUCGGAUUUGAAGGAACAACUUUCCGAAAGAAAAACUCAAGUCGAAGAAUUGCAAUUGCAAUUGGGAAAACGUGAAGAGGAAUUGAAUCAAGUUAUGGCAAAGAUGGACGAGGAAGGUGCGGCCAAAGCACAGGCUCAAAAAGCCUUGAGAGAAUUGGAAUCGCAAUUGGCUGAAUUGCAGGAAGAUUUGGAAGCUGAAAAGGCGGCGCGUAGUAAAGCGGAAAAAUUGAAACGAGACUUGAACGAGGAAUUGGAAGCUUUGAAAAAUGAAUUGUUGGAUUCGUUGGAUACUACAGCGGCUCAGCAAGAAUUGAGAAGUAAACGAGAACAAGAAUUGGCUACUUUGAAGAAAAAUCUUGAAGAAGAAACUUCGGUACACGAGGCUACGUUAUCUGACAUGCGUCACAAACACACGCAAGAAUUAACUGCUUUGAACGAACAGAUGGAUGCCUUGAAAAAGACUAAAGCUGCUUUAGAAAAAGCAAAGGGUUCGCUUGAAGCUGAAAAUGCAGAUUUAGCAACCGAAUUGAGAUCAAUUAGUGCAAGCAGACAAGAAUCUGAUCGUCGUCGUAAACAAGCGGAACAACAGUUAGCCGACGUUAGUGCCAAAUUAGGUGAAGUUGAAAGAAACAAACAAGAAUUGGCAGAAAAGGUAACGAAACUUCAACAGGAGGCUGAAAGCGUGAUGCAACAAUUAGAAGCUGCGGAAUUGAAAGCAUCGGCUGCGUUGAAAGCAUCGGCAACGUGCGAGUCGCAAUUUACAGAACUUCAGCAACAAUUGGAGGAAGAGACCAGACAAAAAUUGGCGUUAAGCUCGAAACUUCGUGCGGUUGAAAGUGAGAAGGAAAGUUUACACGAACAAUUGGAAGAAGAAGAGGAAGCUAAACGUGGUUUGGAAAAGCAAGUUUUAAAUUUGAACGCUCAGUUGGUCGAAGUUAAGAAACGUGCCGAGGAAGAGGCAGAAGCAGCGGCAGCUUUGGAAGAAAGUAGAAAACGUUGCACGAAAGAUAUCGAAGCUCUUCAAAGACAAGUAGAAGAAUUGCAAGCGGCUAACGACAAAUUAGAUAAAUCAAAGAAGAAGAUACAAGCGGAAUUGGAAGACAGUAUCAUAGAAUUGGAAGUGCAACGUGCCAAAGUAUUGGAAUUGGAAAAGAAACAGAAGAAUUUCGACAAGGUGCUUGCGGAAGAGAAAGCUGUAUCAGAACAAUAUGCGGAACAGAGAGACAACGCGGAAAGAGAAGCCCGAGAAAAGGAAACCAGGGUCCUUUCGUUAACGCGCGAAUUGGACGAACUCAACGAGAAGGUUGAAGAAUUGGAAAGAGGUCGUCGUGGACUUCAAUCGGAAUUAGACGAAUUGGUGAACAAUCAAGGUACCGCUGAUAAAAACGUACACGAAUUGGAAAAAGCCAAACGCGCAUUGGAAUCCCAAUUAGCUGAACAAAAAUCUCAAGUUGAAGAACUGGAAGACGAGUUGCAAUUCACGGAAGAUGCCAAAUUAAGAUUGGAAGUGAACAUGCAAGCAUUGCGUGCACAAUUCGAGAGAGAUCUUCUAGCGAAGGAAGAACAAGCGGAAGAGAAACGUCGAGGAUUGGUCAAACAAUUGCGCGAUCUUGAAGCUGAGUUGGAGGAUGAAAGGAAACAACGAGCAGCUGCGAUAGCUCAACGUAAAAAAAUGGAGAGCGAUUAUAAGGACAUGGAACAACAAUUAGAGAUUCAUAAUAAAGUAAAAGAAGAUGCGUUGAAACAAUUGAAAAAAUUGCAAGCACAAAUAAAGGAUUAUACCAGAGAAAUAGAAGAAUUCAGAGCUGCUAGAGACGAAUUGGCGGCCGGUGCGAAAGAAUCCGAAAGAAAAGUUAAGAGUCUUGAAGCUGAUUUGAUGCAGUUGACGGAAGAUUUCGCUAACAGCGAACGUGCCAGACGAGCGGCCGAAAAUGAGAGAGACGAACUUCAAGAGGAAGUUAAUAAUAACGCCAAUAAAGGAACAUUGAUGUUAGACGAGAAACGUAGACUCGAAGCAAGAAUUGCUACUUUGGAAGAGGAAUUGGAAGAGGAACAAUCCAUUUCAGAGGUAGCAGUGGAUCGUGCGAGAAAGGGACAGAUCACGAUAGAACAAUUGUCCACCGAUUUAGCUACCGAACGAUCUACGACGCAGAAACUCGAAUCUCACAGAAUGUUAUUGGAAAGACAAAACAAGGAAUUGAAGGCUAAACUUGCCGAAUUGGAAACUGCUCAACGUGCUAAGACAAAAGCUACGAUACAACAAUUGGAAUCUAAGAUCAAUAACUUAGACGAACAAUUGGAAACCGAAGCUAAGGAAAGGUUUGCUCAACAAAAGAUCAAUCGUAAAUUGGAAAAGAAAUUGAAAGAAAUGAGUUUACAAUUGGAGGAUGAGAGGAGAAACGCUGAUCAAUAUAAGGAACAGGUGGAAAAAGUAAAUGCUAGAAUGAAGACACUUAAGAGACAAUUAGACGAAGCGGAAGAGGAAAUCAGUAGACAUAAGGCUAUGAAACGAAAAGCUCAAAGAGAGAUGGAUGAUAUGCUGGAAUCUCAAGAGGAACUUACGCGUGAAGUAGCAAAUCUGAAGAACAAAUUGAGGCGUGGUGGACCUACCAUAACUUUGAGUUCGAGGCUAAAACGUGGAUCUGUACAAACUGGAGGCUCCGGUGAUGAUUCGACUACGCAAGACGAAAGUAUCGAUGGCGAAGAAAAUACUAAUUGAUGAAGUACUGCAAAUCUUUUCAAAUGUGCAAGAAACGAGGAAAACAACAACAACAACAGCAACAACAACAACAACAACAACAACAAUCAUCCAACG